CUUAAUGGCGGAUAAUCCAUGGGCAUCCGGUCUGCGUCCCUGAUGGGUUAUAUGUGGUCAUGUGACCUGGACUCAGCCAUCUUGUUGUGGCUACGAAGAGAGACUGAGAGCUCGCAUAGAAACCUUGCCCUGUCAGAAACGCAGAGUUUAGCCAUCUUUUUAGAAAUGUUUCCUGCCUUUCCCAAAACACAUGUGACGGAGCUUUUGGUCUGACACGUCGAAUGCCCUAAUAACUAGUUUUUCCACACCAAUACCGAGACCCCAUACAUUUUUUUUAUAUAAAAAAGAAAGAAAGAAAAAAAAGUUUUAUACUCCAGUGUGACACAAAUUAAAUUGACUAACAACCAUCUCCUAGCAACACGGCAGUCGUUAUCACGAUAUUCAAGAAAUAAAGAAAAAAAUGGCAGCAGAAACACAAACACUUAACUUUGGCCCUGAAUGGCUCCGGGCUCUGUCCAGUGGAGGCAGUGUCACCUCCCCUCCUCUCUCACCAGCAUUGCCAAAGUAUAAGUUAGCAGAUUACCGCUACGGGAGAGAAGAAAUGUUAGCACUUUAUGUAAAGGAUAAUAAGAUUCCCUUAGACCUUCAAGACAAGGAGUUUCUGUCUAUUUUACAAGAUGAGCCCCUGCCACCACUGGCACUUGUACCUUUUACAGAAGAAGAACAGAGAAAUUUCUCUAUGUCUGUAAACAGUGCAGCCGUCCUGCGAUUAACAGGAAGAGGCGGAGGAACAGUGGCAGGGGCGCCAAGAGGUCGUAGUUCCUCAAGGGGUCGAGGUCGAGGGCGGGGGGAAGGUGGGUUUUACCAAAGAAGUUUUGACGAGGUGGAAGGUGGGUUUGGCCGAGGCGGGAGAGAGAUGCACAGAUCCCAGAGCUGGGAGGAAAGGGGAGACAGACGAUUUGAAAAGCCCGGCCGGAAAGAUCCAGAUGUUGCUCCAGCGCACUUUCAACUCAAUCCCGUUAGAUCAAAUUACGAAGAGGGCGGUGCGGCGGCAGCAGUGGCCCGGAAGCACGAGUUCACGCGCUCGGAAAGUGAGAACUGGAGGAUGUCUCGGGAGGAGCAGAGCGACGGGCCGCGGUCAGCGGGCUGGAGAGAGCUCCCUGAGCAGCGGCGGCGCUUCGGCUUGGAGCCGCGAGGGGAGGAGGAGCAGCGCGGGUACCGCCGGGCGCGCUCCACCAGUGGCAGCCUGGAGGAUGAGAAGGACAGCCUGCCUGAGUGGUGCCUGGAGGAUGCUGAUGAGGAGAUGGGGACCUUCGACUCGUCCGGGGCCUUCCUGUCUCUCAAGGUGAGGGGCUAUGAGCUCUCAACCUUCCCCUCGCUCAAGAAAGCUUCCAAGGAGCCAAUCCCAGAGGAGCAGGAACUGGACUUCAGGCCGUCCGAGGAGGGUGAGGAUCAAUCAGAGCAGGAAGAGAGCGACCCAGAAGAGGGCAAGGAGCUUGACCGGACCGCCAGGAAGGAGACUGAGAGAAGGGAAGAUGCAGAGAAGUCGGACAAUGCCGAUGUGCCUGCACCCUCUCUCCCCGUCGAGCCCAAGGCUUCUGAAUCGUCACCCCCCAGCCUGCCAGAGCGACCAACAGAGAGCCCACCCGAGAGAGUGGAGAGACUGCCCGGCCCUGAGCUCAAUCCAGCACGCACCACCCCUGUCUGCAACAAUAUCAGCCAAGUGACAAAGAUUCAUCCAGAAAUGUUACCCUCUGUCCCGACAACUCAACAGAAACAACUAGCCCCUGCUGCUUUCACCCCAAUCCCAUUCCCUGCAGGGAUGGCCCUGCCCCCCACAAACAUGGGGCUGCUUCCUGACAUUGAUGACGACGAAGGGAUGAAGCACCUGGAGCAGGUUGAAAAAGUCCCCUGGGUUCACCGUUGUCAAUACCUUGAAGCCGAGAAGAUGGUGGCGUACCUGCAGGAUAAUGCUCUUGACGACAACAGGCUAUCGGCCAAGAGUCUGGAACAGCGAGGAAAGGGUGCGGCUCUGCCCGGAACCAACGAGGCUGCGCUCAAGUGGUUUUACAAGGACCCCCAGGGGGAGAUACAGGGUCCCUUCACCAACCAGGAGAUGGCGGAGUGGUUUCAGGCAGGGUAUUUCACCAUGACUCUUCUGGUGAAGCGGGGCUGUGACGAGGUAUUCCAGCCCCUCGGGGAGAUCAUCAAGAUGUGGGGGCGGGUCCCCUUCGCACCCGGGCCCUCCCCACCCCCCCUACUGGGUGACCUGGAUCAGGAGCGCUUGAAGAGGCAGCAGGAGCUCACAGCCCUCAACCUGUACCAGAUGCAGCAGCUGCAGUACCAGUACCUGCUGAGACAACAGUAUGCCCAGGCUCUGGCACAACAGCAGAAGGCAGCCCUGAGCAAUCCCCAGCAGCAGCCCCAACUCCGCCUCCUCCUGCAGCAGUACCAGGCCCUGAAGAUGAGAGCAUCGGAUCAGAACCUGGUUCCUCCUGUAACCAGGUCCAUGUCUGUACCCGAUACAGGUUCGGUAUGGGAACUGCAGACUCCAUCCUCUCAGGCUUCAGCCUGGGAAGGCAGCAGCGUCUGGGAUUUACCAGUUGAUUCAACAACACAGGCGUCUGCUCCAGAACAACUACAACAACUGGAAAAAGUGAAGGCAGCUAAGCUGGAGCAGGAGAGGAGAGAAGUUGAGCUGAGAGUAAAAAGGGAGGAAGAGGAGAGGAAGAGACAGCAGCAGGAGGAGGUGCUGCGGAGGCAGCAGCAGCAGGAGGAGGAGAGAAGGCACAGAGAAGAGGAGCUCACACGGAGAAAACAAGAGGAGGCUCUCCAGAGGCAGAGGGAGCAGGAGGCGGCCCUGCAGAGGCAGCGUGAGGAAGAGGCAGCCCUGAGGAGACAGAGGGAGGAGGAGGAGAGGCAGCAACAAGAGGAGGCCCGGAGGAGACUGGAGGAGGAGGAUAGGAAGCAGAGGGAAGAGCAGCUACGGAAACAGCAGGAGGAGGAGCGGAGGCAGCAGCAGGAGGAAGCAGCCCGCUGGCAGAGGGAGGAGAUGGAGGCUAUGCAGCGGAUGGAAGAGGAGAAGCAGCGGCUGGAGGAGCAGGAGCACAAACGCAAAGAGCUUGAGCUGCAGAAGGAGGCCCAGAGACAGCAGGAGCUUGCACGUCAGAGGCAGCAGCAGCAAGAGGCUCUGCGCAGACUCCAGCAGCAGCAGCAGCAGCAGCAGCUGGCACAGAUGAAGCUGCCGUCAUCUUCAAAAUGGGGCCAGCAGUCCAGUGCUGCCGCUCUGCCUCAGUCUCAGAACACUCUCUCACUGGCUGAGAUCCAGAAACUGGAGGAGGAGAGGGAGCGGGAGUCCCGGGAGGAGCAGCGGCGGCAGCAGCAAGAGUUGAUGAAGGCUCUCCAGCAGCAGUCUCAGCAGCAGCAGGCUGCAAAGCUGUCGGGUUGGGGGGGCGUUGCCAAGCAGCCAGCCACCACCAAGUCCCUGCUGGAGAUCCAGCAAGAGGAGGCACGCCAGGUACAGAAGCAGCACAAGCAGAAACCGGAGCAGCAGCAGAACCCACCACAGAACCGGGCCCAGAACAAAGCUUUGGAGGGCCAGCUGUCUAACCUGAAUUCCUCCAGUGGAGCCGGUGCAUUUCUGCAGAGCAGCAUCAGUAACUCUGUGUGGGGCUCCGUCAGCAACAGCCACAGCAGCCCUCAGUGGAGUGUUGACGUGGGCAGCAGCAGCAUCUGGGGCAGCGCUCCCAACAGCAAGAACUCCAACAUGGGCUUCUGGGACGAGGCUGCCAAGGAGGUGGUGCCACCAGCGCGCAACUCCACGGCCAAGAGCAACAAGAGCAACGCCAACCUGAGCAACUCGUUGGGAGUGAGUGCCCGAGCCAGUAAGAAGGUGGAGGAGGAGGAGGAAAAGCUGGUGAAGCUGUUCCAGGGGCUGAAUAAGACGCAGGAUGGCUUCACGCAGUGGUGUGAGCAGAGUCUGCAUACUCUCAACACAGCCAAUAACCUGGACGUUCCUACAUUUGUUUCUUUCCUGAAAGAGGUGGAAUCUUCCUACGAGGUCCAUGAUUACAUGAGAGCCUACCUGGGAGACACGCCUGAGGCCAAGGAGUUUGCCAAGCACUUCCUGGAGCGCCGUGCCAAACAGAAAGCCAACCAGCAGCAGAAACAGCAACUGCAGCGGCAGCAGGAUUCGGUUUGGGGAGUGAACCGAAGUGAGGUUCAGACGAUCUUUCAAUCGAAUCAAAGCUCCAUACAGCAGUUUGAGACGGUGCACUCGGGGAAGAAAAAGAAAAAACAGAAGAUGGUACGAGCAGACCCCAGCCUGCUAGGAUUUUCUGUAAAUGCAUCGUCGGAUAGAUUGAAUAUGGGCGAGAUUGAGACCGUGGAGGAUUGUUGAGGAACCACAGGCUGCUGCCGACUCGCCGCCUAUUUCUGUUCUGAACAGCUGCCAUUUCAAAAGCAUCCUUGUAAAGCAGCAACACUUUGUUUUUUUUUGUUUUUUUCCCUUGUUUAUUUAGUUCUUCAAAAACCUUGUUUCCCAAUCUCCACAGUCAUCCACCACAACUAAGUGGCCACAAUACAAAACCCUGCUGUGAGCACAAUGGGGCCCGUGGUGGUGGUUAGAGCUGAGGACUGGGAGCCAGAAGUUGCUGGUUUUGAUUUCCAGCUCACUCACUGUGCAUCCCCUGUGAGACUGCUACUGCAGUCCCAGCAGUUUCAUGAAACCACUCGGGAAAAGAAAACAUUUCCUGAAACUACGUCUGGAAUUACCCUUGCAUUCUAUUUAUUGAAAUCUUUCUGUCUGGCCUGUUUAUUAUUAUUAUUAUUAUUAUUAUUAUUAUUAUUAUUAUUAUUAUUAUUAUUAUUAUUUUGUUUUUUAUUCCGUGUGUUGCCUCCCUGUUCCACCAGUUGUUCAUAGGAUACAAGGAUCUUGACUGUUAACAUGACAGUAGAUGUCCUGUUUUAAGGGCGUGUUCAACAGUUCCAAGUAGUUGUUCAUUUCUUGUAAAAUACUAGUCGGUUUAAAGAAUAAACUUUGAAUUCUGCAACUGUAAUAUAAAAUUACAACAAACUGA